CAGCCGUGCAUGAGACAAUAUCCAGACUUCCUCCCUUUGGCUCACAUUGUAUUAUUUGGUCAGCUUGUAGGAGAGAAGGAGCUGCUGGAACUGAGAUGCACUUGCUUGCAAAAUGAUAACCAAAUUUAUCAAGAUCGUAUCAAGGCCAUUUUAAAACAGCUGGAAGAGGUGGCUGCUGAAAGAGACCAGGCUCUCCUGACCCAGGAGGGGUACCAGAAGCAAUAUUCCCAAAGCCUGAGGGAUAAGGACAGCUACCGGAAGCAGAUCCGGGACCUCGGGGAGCGUUGUGACGAACUGCAGCUUCAGCUCUUCCAGAAGGAGGGACAGCUGCUGAGUGCCGAAGCAAAGCUGAAAAGGCUGUGCGUCGAUCCUUCCGCCCUGACUUCCGAUCUUGAGGAAAACUCAUCCCGGAGCUCUCAAGAGCUGGCUCCCCAUGGAAACCCAGAUGAAGACGGGAAAGGUGCCAAAGCAAGUAUGUUCAUCUGCCGCAAGGGAUCUUUUCUUUCUUGUUUAGAGGGGCAGGAGUGAUGUUUUGAGUUAGGCCUCCAGCCAGGGUGGUGCCUCACACGGGGCAGAGAUGGUCUCACGCUCUGCAGUUCAAGAACGAGGAGGAUUUUGAUCCUGGAUGGUCCUGCCACUGGAUUGCGAGAGGUUAUGACGACACCCAGGUCUCCGACCAUCCGACGUGCCCCAGAAACCCAUUUAAAUCAGUGGCACAGAACGUUGACGAGUGAGUAAUAAGUGGUCUAUGAAUCUACAGAUGCGUUCUUCUCUUUUAUUUCUUCCGUAGAAGAACGCUGCGGCGUU